UACAUAUACUCAGAAUACAUAUAUUACAAAGUAUUCUACAUAUACUUCCUUAUCUGAUGGAACUUCACACCCCCAAUCAAAUGAGAUAAUUGUAAAUCUAAAUAUCCAACUAGCCGAUCCUCAUAAAAAAUAUACAGAUGGACUGGAUAGGGAAACGAAAAUUCAAAUGAUAAGAUCGGUUCUGAAGCAUGUGCGCAACGAAAUUGAUAAAAAAUGCUGAAGGCUUGGAAAAACGCAACUGUGUCGAUGCAAAAUCCUGUGGAAUUUACGACGUAAUCCUCCCAAACUUUAGUAGACAACCUUUUCAAGUUGCCUGCGAUGCAGAGAGUCACGAAGGUGGAUGGACGAUUUUCUUAAGGAGAAUGGAUGGCAGUGUCAACUUCUAUCGUGACUGGAUGGAAUACAAAACGGGAUUUGGAGAUCUAAGUGGCGAGUUCUUCAUGGGUCUGGAUAAAUUACAUGCAAUGACGGCAGAUAGAAACCAAGAGUUACUUGUUCUUCUCGAGGAUUAUGAGGGACAAACAUGGUAUGAGAAGUAUGAAGAUUUUGCAAUCGGCGACGAAAAGCAAGAAUAUGUCUUACACACUCUGGGCAAAGCCAGUGGAACUGCCGGUGAUUCACUCUCAACUCAUCGUGGCAUGAAGUUUUCCACACAUGAUAGGAAAAUAGGUCCAUACGGUAACUGCGCUGCACUCCAAGCUGCCGCCUGGUGGUACAACUCCAUUUUUUCCUUGUGUGGUGAAAGCCAAUUGACAGGUAUAUAUAAAGAUCAUCACUUCGCAACGGGCGUCAAUUGGGGUACUUUUCAUGGACUCACUUACUCCUUUAAAAAAGCCGUCAUGAUGAUACGGCCAAAGAAGUCAACACAAAAACCCUACAAUAUCAAAGUCAAAAAUAUCAACGUAUUCACGAACGAACGGGAAUCAGAAUCUCAGUCAACGAAGCAAAUAAUUGAAGUCAAUACACCCAAUAAAUUGGAAUACAAGUUCUUCCCGGCCUCCGGGGAAAUCUUUACCUUCAAGGUGCGCUCACCGAAGGAUGCUCACCUCGUUCUCAGCCCAAGUAACCUGCAAGGUGUCCAAUUUUACGAGAUUUUCAUCGGCGGCUGGGAGAAUACAAUUUCCGUCAUUCGCAAGAAUGGCCAAAAGCCGGACGUUGCCGAAGUGCCGACACCACGCAUCCUGAGUGCUGACGAAUUCCGUGGCUUUUGGGUGCGUUGGUCUGAUAACGUUAUCAGCGUCGGUCAUGUGGGUGAAGCUAGAGCUUUCUUAUCUUACGAUGCCGGCUCAUUGUUCCCGGUAAACUAUGUGGGCAUCUGCACGGGUUGGGGUGCCAGCGGCACAUGGCAAAUUUAUAAAAACUUUUCUUAAAUGUAUCGAAAACAUGGAGUCCUUA